AGUCCUCCAUUGAGAUAUUCAUCUUUAUCUACUUAGUUACUUAGAGAGAGAGAGAGAGAGAGAGAGAGAGAGAGAGGGAGUUGUUGAUAUUCAUCUAUAUAUAUAUAUAUAUUCAGUUGUUCACCUCUCUUUGUGUUAUUAAAAGGAAAAUCCAUUAGAGGGUAUUCUUUGUGAAAAAAGAAGAGGAAAAAGAUGAAUGUGUUGUCCUCAGAAUGCAGUAGUGGUUGUGAGUCUGGUUGGACUCUAUACUUGGAACAGUCUAAUUUUCUUUCUCGAAAUCCAAGUGCUUCACAUAGAGAUAGUGGUUUCUGUGAUGAGUACAAGGAUAAAAGAAGUAAACAAGCUGAUGGUGAUGAGGGGGAUGAAGAAGAAGAGGACCAGUCAAUGGUUUCUGAUGCAUCUUCUGGGCCUCCACAUUUCAAUGAAGAUGAAGUUUACUUAGACGAUAAUACUAAUAAUAAUAUUAAUGGGUGUUUCUGUCCUCCAUCCAAGGAUCUUGGACCUUUGAAGUUUAGAGGAAAAAAGCAGAGAAUCAAAGAAAAAGGUAGGCGCUCAUGUGGUGAUCAACAACAACAACAACAACAACCAUCUUUUCUAGAUGACACUGCCAGCUCCCCUGUCUUCAACUACUCCAAGAAUAACUUCAUUGUGUCCAAUAAUCAAGCUUCUGGGGGUAGUAGUAGUGUCCUGGAUUAUUCACAAGGCUUCUCAUCUACUCAUUUUCAGGGGAGAUCUGCAUACCAAGACCACUUUGGUUUCCUACAAUCUACUCUAUCUGGAAAUAACCUUCAGAACAACCAAUGGUUUCAAGGGUAGGGGAUUGGCAUGAGAUGAAGGAAAGGGAUAUCUUCAUCAUCAGUUGCUGGUCUCUUCUUGUUUCUACCACUACAGCAGCUGCUGUAUUACUUUCUCAAGUAGAGAUGGUGGGGAGAGGCUGCAAAAAGUAGAAGGAAUUGGAUCUCAAAAGGGAUCUUGCAUGUUCCUUUUUCUUUUCUUUUUCUUUUUUCCUUUUACCUGUCAAUGCAGUGGGAAACAACCUAAGAGAGAAGAAGUUAGAAAUAAA